AACCCUUCUCAUCAUUUAUAUUGCCCUCCCCACCUCUUCCAUUUCUCCACUUCAUACAAAUUCAAUUUACACCCAAUUCAAGUUCUCUCCAUCCCUCAUUAGCCUCCGUUGCAGAAUUUCUCAAUCUUUCUCUGUUCAGAUAAAGUGUCAGGUGCCGCACAUUAAUGGAGUCCAAUGGGUACUGCAAGGAGGAGUUGAUUUCUAGGGUUAGAUGGAGUAGGAGGAGAAGAACGAAGAUGGGUCGGAGCCGGCCAAUCCAGAUAAAAGUAAGGAAGUUGCAGAAACUAAUUCCGGGCGGCGAAGGAUUGCAGCCGGAUCGGCUUUUUACAAAGACGGCGGAUUACAUUUUGCUUCUAAGGUUGCAAGUUAAGCUUUUGCAAACUCUCGCCAACAUUUACAAACCAUGAAUCUGUAUACAUCUAUAUCUAUAUGUAUGUAGCGAUCGAGAGAGAAAGAGAGAGAGAUUCUGAUAUUCUUCAUUUUUAUUUUAUUUUCUUUCUGUUAUAAUUCUUCUCGGCACGUAGUAUAUUAUAUAUAUAUAUAUAUA